CUUUGCUUGCUUCGCAGUAGUUUUCGUUCGCGAACUUUGAGCAGUUAGCUUGUACAUCGCGAGAAAAAACUUUCUUCCAGUCCAGUACAGUGAAUCCUUUCAGGUUAAUCAACGCUUACUGCUGUGUGCGUGGAGGAUGGCGGCUUCGCGAGUAUACCAGGGAAUAAUAACCACUGCCGACAAGUUCGUCCCGAACGCACUGAGACCACUGUGGAAUCAUGCUGCUGGACCGAAAACGAUUUUCUUCUGGGCUCCGGUGUUCAAAUGGGGACUGGUCGUUGCUGGAUUGAGUGACCUGCGACGUCCGGCGGAUCAGUUGUCAGUGUCACAGUCGGCCUCGCUGGCAGCAACCGGUAUAAUUUGGUCACGCUACUCGCUUGUGAUCAUUCCCAAGAACUAUGGACUGUUCUCGGUGAAUCUUUUCGUCGGUCUAACUCAGCUGGCACAGCUGUACCGUGCCUGGGAUCAUUCGCGAAAGCAUCCAGCACCCAAGGAGCAGUGAUAAAGCGAGUAUACUGGACGAGCGUUGUACAAUCAACACUUUUGAACUGCACAAAGGCGAAACGGGAAACUUCUACUGCGCAAAGCGUACCUAAAUAGACCUACAUCAUACGGGUCGUUAAUGUCGUUAGUGAUUGUAGCUUGGAGCUGGUUUUAGGUAACAUAACUGUGAAUAUCGGAUUGUUGCUGUUGUAUAAAGUUGUUCGAGGGAAAUAUAUGUUUCUACAUCGCUGU